GAGACGAGGAGUCUAAUUCGUUUGGAUGUGGAGAUUAUUGAUUUUUUUUUUUUUUACCGUUGAACUAGUGUGUAUGAAUAAAACCGCAGCCGCUCACUGUUAAUAAAUCCACGUUCUGCAGUAACCCUCGGAGAUCUUAUUUUCUUUAAUCUGGUCAUUACAGUAUUAACAUUCAUUUAUUUGGCAUACACUUUUGUCUAAUGUGGCGUACAACUGAUGAUAGUAAUACAUGAGUAAUUCGAGGAUGCAGCUUUAAUGGUGCUGAGGUAUUACGUUAACGGUUGAGCACAUCCGGUGGCGAUGUGCUCUGAGGCGCACUGCACCUCGGAAUCCAGUCGCAGCGUGGCUGGCUUGCGCGGCCAAAAUGGCGGCCGAGAGUGCAGCGGAGAGCUGUACUAGCGCUUCGUCCGCCACCUUCAAAUCCUCUCUGGACCGCCGCUUCCAAGCAGUGUCAAACACCGCCGACUCCAUUCAGGGGUUGUCUGCUUGGUGUAUAGAGAACAAGAAGCACUACAGCCUAAUCGUGCGGCACUGGAUGAAGUGGCUGAAGAAAUCGGCGGCUGCCCACAGGUUAAACCUGUUCUACCUUGCCAACGAUGUGAUCCAGAACUGCAAGAGGAAAAACGCCAUUGUGUACCGCACAUCCUUUGCUGAGGUGCUUCCGCAGGCAGCUCUACUGGUGCGGGAGUCAAAGGUGCGCAGGUCUGUGGAGAGGAUCCUGACUAUCUGGUCCGAGAGGAACAUCUACCCCCAGGAGCUGAUCUCGGACCUUAGAGCCAGCCUGGCUAACAAAGGGACCCCUGCAGUGCCAGUCAACCCCAAAGCCCCUCUAAAGGCCAAGAUUGUAGCAGAAUUUGUGCCACAGGCCUUCAGGCAGCAGCUUUCAGCAUACAGGAGCUCACAGCAGGUGGCCGAGCUGAAGGAGAAGCAGCUGGCUGCCCUGAAAAUGGACAUCUGCAGCACCAACGCCUUUAAGAGGCUAAAGGACAAGGAAGGUGGUAAGAAGUUUUCCAGGGACUUUGAGAAUGAUAAUAGAAAAGUACAGGAGUUUGUGGGCUUCCUCGAACAGCAAGUGAAGGAAGGGCACCACCUGCUGGAGUGGAUGAACAAUGCAGAUGUAUUCUAUGAAAUGCAGUACAGGGAGGUCAAGAUCAUCGCAAAAGCCUACACUUCCUUUGCCAGCCGUGUUUCAAACCUGAAGCAGAAGCUGGAUGCUCUCAAGUCAACACUUCCGAAUUUAGACAGCUCGCCUGUGCCCUCACCCUUGGAAGAUGCGCCAUCCCCCGCUGACUCUGAGUCACCUUCCCAUGGCAACGGUGAGGCAGUGCCAGAGCCAGUGCCCAGGGAUCGUGGGAGCCGCUGUGUCCUGGGAGGCGCCCUGUCAGCGGUUGGCCUUGCACAUGGGCAGUGGGACAAUAGGGAUGUGGAAGACAUGGAGCUGUGUGAGGGAGAGGAACCAGAGGGUACAUCUAUCAUAGUUGAGCGGCAUAUGGAGAAGCCACUCCCCAUGAGUGCUCAGAUGUUACUGCCAGCCAGGGCGGCUAAAAGCACACAUGAAGCUCUGCCUCCCAGUGCCCCUGCACUGACAGCGCCCCUCAGCCUAGCCAACGUGGACCUGGGCAAGAUCAGCUCCAUCCUCAGCAGCCUCACCUCUGCCAUGAAGGGUGCUGGAAUGGGUUCUGUCCCUCUCCAGAGCCCCCAUUCUGCUCGUGGCCCUGCCCCCGCCCCUGCAGCAGGUGGCUCCCUGGCCAGCCUGCUGUCCCGCGUGGACACCAGCCCCCAGGGCCUCCUGAGCGCCCUCUCCAGGACACAGGGCCGUGGUGCCGAGCUGCAGGAUGUGCCGUCCCUUCAGCAGGUUCCAGCUGUGGGCUCCUCCCCUGUGGCCCCAAGCUCUGGGUCUGUGUCACCCCCAGUCAGCAGCAGCCACACUUCCCCUAAGGAUUUGUGUUCCCCAUCAGGUCGGGACUGUGCCAGGCCACUUGGCCUAGAACCCGGAGCCCCGGGUGACCAAGGCAAGGAGCAGGAGCCCAGCCCCGAUGGGUCAUCCCCUCCCUCAAAUCUGGAAGCCAAAAUACAAAAGUUCCUUCAAGGAAACCCUGGCUUUGCUCUGAAUGGGUCAGCCUUGCGUGGGGGGAGCCCAUUGCCUAUCGCUGAGAACGCAGAAGGCACCCCCCUGCGUGACGAAGAGGGAGGAACGCCCACGCAGGACGAGGAGAUGGAGCAGCCUGCCGCAGGGCUGGCCGGGCGAGGAGGUAGUGGCGCCCCUGCCUGGCGGGCAGAGUCCCAGCAGCAUAGCCAGAGCAUUGAGACGUGGGUUACCUCUGCUCCUAGCGUGGGGGCAGAAGCUGAAUGCAGACAGGUGGGCAUUUGGAGCAGCGGCUGCUCUGCGAAGGGUCUGUCCUCACUGGCUGCGCACACGGGACGGGGUGCUCCCCUACCUGUCCCAAAGCCCCCCUGUGAGGGAAGGCAGUCUGCAGCAUGCACAGGUGAAGCCCCACCUCAGCAUCCACCAUCUGCUUUUUUCAGCAAGCCACUGCCUCCGAUUCCCACACUGCCCCCACCACCCCUACAAUUCCUUUCCCGUCCUGCCCAGGGCCAGAAGUACGGCAGACCUACUCCCCCUAGAACAGAGCAGAGAGCCUAUGUGGGGGGUAGAAGCAGUGUGGUUCAUGGAGGCCCUCCUCCCUGGAUAGGCAGCGGUAUGGAAAGUGGUCAGGGGUGCCCCCCCCCUCCCACUGCCCUCUCCUGGCCUAGGGUCCCCCCUUCCCAGUUACCUGCCCGGUCCCCCGGGCCCCUUCACCCUCCCUAUGGAACACAUUCUGGGCCUACUUUACUCCCACCCAUGCGCUCUUAUUUUAGUGCCCCCCCCAAAAGGGGGCCACCUGACACCCCCAGGCGACCUUUCUUACCCCAUCAGCACUGAUACUUUCGGUGAAACCUCUGAGUAAAUGGAUAAUUAAAAAGAUAUAUUUGGGUGGAGUGAGCAGAGUUGCAGGUUUAGCUCAGGAAGCCUCACUUAAGAAUGAGUACUGCACACAUUUAGUUCCUGUUAUGCUGGACAGCCAAUGGAAAUGUCCUCCCACAGUGCCAUUAAAAAUUUCGAGUUGAAAAGCUUGGCACUUUUUAGAUACAUGUUUAUCUUGGUCAAUUGGGGGGGGGGGGGUGUUUAAACUCGCUUAGUCACACCCACAAACAGAGGCUUCAUUGCAUCUUUUCCAAUGCUGUUUGUGUGUCUGCAGCUCUGAGGUGCUCUGAUGUUGCGCUGCCACACCUGCAUGUGUUGGCAGCACCAGGCUAAUAUAAAGUUCAUCACUUACUAGCCAAACAUGUGUGAUUCAGCCUUAUCCAGUUUGGCCCCUUUGUCUAUGCCCUUCCCGUCAGGGCGAUCUCCUGACUUUGAAAGAAACUGAGACAGAAUGUGCAGUACUUGCGUGUUCACGUCAGACAUGGUGAAUUUGCACACCUGUUUCUCUGAUUUUUAUGAAAAGAAUCAUUCACUUUUAUAGUCUCUCUAAAAAUUGUUAUUGCAAUAUAUAAUUGCAUUUUAAAUUUAUUGAUUCUCAGUCGUGCCUUUUCAGCAAUUUCAUAAGUAUUUUUCUUGCCAUCCACAUUCAUGCUCCAGCUGGCAUCUGCAUGCCUUUAAGCUGGUGUCAUUACUGAAAGUGACAAAUUGGUAGGAAAGUACAGUGAAAUGCUGAAACAAGCCUCUUACUCCCUGCGUUAGUUGACUUAGGCAUUUUGCAGAGUCGCUGAUUGGUUCACGGUACAAUUAAAGUGGCCCUAUUCUAGUAUGAGCCCCAGACAAUGUAAAUAUCUGACACCAUCAUGCUGUAUACUGAGUAGCUUUCCAGAGUGGUUGCUUUUUCCCUGCACAGAGCACAUUUACAGUACUACAAUAAAAAGGACCCUUGACAACCUGUGGCUUCAAACUCUUUAGGCUUUUUUUUUUAAUAUAAACACUAACAAAAAUCUGGAAGCUGUAAAAAACGUGCUGGAUCAAAUGUGUCCACUUUUCAUGUUUUUCAUCUGUCUUCCUUUUGUUCCCUUCAUUGUUUGCACACAUCUUUGUCACAAACAUACACACACUGCUUGUGUCGCUCCCGGCCAGUUCUGUUUACAUCUCCCUCAGAACCUGUCACUGUUUGAGGUCAACAGUUUUUCCGUGUGAGGGUUCUUACAGCCACAUGUGUUAAGCACCGUGUGCUUUUGUCUGCGCAACUUAUAUACAGCACUGAUCAAAAUUGAAUGACAUUCUUGUAGUUUACAAAGUGAUUGCUUAUGCAAAUUUGCUGUUAUCUUAACAUGAAUAGAGGAAAUGUAUUUUAAUUGUACUUCAGUGAACACUAUUUGAGAUCACAACAUAAAUGGUUUAAACAAGAAAUUUGAAGGCUGCUUAUGAUCAAAAUUAGAAAACAAUUUCUUUGCUUCUACUUUGGUUGUAAUGUGAACUAUCUGCCAAUCCUAAUCUAUUGACAACAUUAGUAGGCAUUUUACAAGAUGACUGGCCUCUCCAAGGUGACUGACACCCUGCAACAUCAGAUUCUGAAGGCUGAUAGGUGAUCCUCUUGCCCACCGGAAGAGAACUUACUCAUUCUCCGAUAUUGAAGCUGUACAAAGAAAUCAAGUCAUUCAAGUCUUGAAAAAGGCACGUCGCCCACGUAAGAUGGACCUGUGAGAGUACAGGAUAAUAUGGAGAUUCUUGGUGAGGGGUCUGUUCAACACCACAGCUGGAAUUGCUUGCUGAUUCAAAGCUGGACAGGGCAAGAAUUUGUCUCGACAGGGUCUCAUUGCCAGAGGGAAUUUGGACUGAAAGCUCACAGUGACCAAGCCACUCGGCAAGAAGAAUUAAAAGACUAGACUAACCUUUGCUGGGAGUUCAUUUGGUAGACAAAAGUACUGCUCCAAAAUUCAUGGCAGCAUUGAAAGUGUCGAACUGGGGAAAGAUUUCAAUGAAAGUGUGAAGAAGACAGUAAAUUUCAGAGGGGGAAGCAUCAUGGUGUGGAGGAUGUGUUCUGCAGGAGCAGUAGGACCUUUUAUAUUCUUAGGUGAAGGUGUGCCAGAACUAGGCUUGGGAAGUGUCUGUUUUUUAUACCAUCAUACCAUCAUACCUUCUAGACGUUACCCAGUAUACGGUAUAUAACUAUAAAUAAAAAAACACGUAAGUCAUGUAGGCUACGGUAAACUCCAGAAGCAGAGAUACCGUAUAAGGGCUUAUCGGUGUGGAAGCUGAGCAGUAGAGAAAUGAGGAGAUGCCUCCUUUUUGAAGUAUUAAAAAGAUUAGCGUUUAAUUCACACUGUCACUGCCUGAUCUGUUGCUGCAUGUGCCCUAUGUUUCACACAUGCUGCAACAGUAUGCCGCAUUUUGUUCUUGUGGCAUUAUCCUACGCAUGCAUGUGUAAUAAUAGGUAUAAAUAUGGAGUUACCCCCUUUGCAGUUAACAGCUGCCACUCUUCUAGGAAGGCUUUCCACAAGAUUUUGGAGUGUGUCUGGGAAUUGUUUUCCCAUUCAUCCAGAAGAACAUAUGUGAGAUCAGGUUCUUCCACAGCAAACUCAUCAAAAUGUGUCUUUAUUGCCCUUACUUUGUGCACUGGGGCCCAAUCAUACUGGAAAAGAAUAGGGCCUUCCUCCAACUCUUCCCACAAAGUUGGAAGCAUAGAAUUGUCCAAAAUGUCUUGGUUUGAUGAAGCAUUUUGAAUUCCCUUAACUGGAACUAAAAGGCCUAGUUCAGAACCUGAAAAACAACCCCAUACCAUUAUCCCUCCCAGCAAACUUUAAAGUAGGCACAAUGCAGUCGGGCAGAUAACAUUCUCUAGGCAUCCUCCAAAUCCAAUCUUGUCCAUCAGACUACCAGACAGAGAAGCAUUGAUUCUUCACUUCACAGAAGAUGUUUCCCCUGUUCCAGAGUCUAGUAGCGCCAUGCUUUACACUACUCCAUCCAAUGCUUGGCAUUGCACUUAGUGAUGUGAUUGGCCAUGGAAGCACAUUCCAUGAAGCUCCUGCCGCACAGCUUUGUGGAGAAAGUUGAGAACUCUACAGUUAUUGAGUCAGCAGAGCGUUGGAGACUUUUACGCACAAUGUGACCCCACACUGUUACCUUACAUGGUCUGAGUUUUUUUUUUUUUUUUGUUCUUCAACACUUCCACUUUGCAAUAAUACCACUUAACAUUUGACCGUGGAAGAUCUAGGAGGGAAGACGUUUCACAAACUUUUAUUGCGAUGCUAUUCUGUGACAGUACUAGGCUUGAAUUCUCUUGAACUAUUCAGAACAACCCAUUCUUUUACAGAUGUAUGUAAACCUGCCUGCAUGGCUAAGUACUUGAUUUUAUACACCUGAAUCCAGUUAUUCGGAGGUAUAUUUCAGUACUGUUGUUCAUGUAGUAUAUAUGUUAAAUAAGUUGUAAUAAAUGUUUGGCUCAUUUACAUUUCUUCAGCCAUUCAGUGAUCCUAAUUCUUUCCGUUACUGCCCUUCAUACCCUACCUUGAAUCACAGCCAUUGGGGUUUAUCUGUGCCCUCCUUUAAAUGUUGAGCUGAUUUGGCCACGGCUGGAUGAAUAGCAUUUUCAGCAUCCUCCUUGUAUGUCUGUGGUGUCUGGGAAUAAUUCUGUCAUUCGGAGCUUUUUCUUUUCAUAGAUCGUUUGUGGGCAGUGGUGUUUUGAUGGUUAGGGAAGCGCACUUGAUUGAUUGUAAUUGAAAGGUUGCAGGUUCGAAACCCCGACCAGCAAGGUACCACCCCCAAGCACUGCUCCCCGGGUGCUGAAUUAGCUGCCCCUGGCUAUGUCACAAUGUGACAUGGGUUAAAUGCAGAGGACACAUUUUAUUGUUAUGUGCUGUGGUUUGUCAAGAAUGAUCACUAAAUUCUCAAAUUCUAAUUCUAAAUUCUUUAACAAGACGACUGUGAAAGGACACAAAGGUGUGUAAAUAGGACACGAUGGGCUGAGGCCCAGCUAUGAGCUGUGCCUAGAAGAUGCCUCAUUGUAACUCUUAUCCAGAAUUCUCUCUUUACUUUUCACUAAGAAGCAAACUUGGUUCACUGUAAUAGAAAGCGAGAUCCUAAAAUAUGUAGAACAGUUUUUAGUCUGUUUAUUAUUACAAAUAUUUACAGUAAACCUAUUGAAACUGUAACCAAGGAAAAUGCACCCACAUCAUUAGCACAGUUAAGUUUCCCUUAACUGUGCUAAUAAAGUGAAGAGGAUUGUCAUUUUCAGCUAGCAUUGUACAGCUGGUUUUAAUAAGGUGUGCAUUUUACAUAUAUGUGACCCAUCACCACGAAAUGAGUCUUAUGGGUGUAAUUCUACCAGUGCAACUUAAGACUCAUUUCGUGGUGAUGGGUCACAAAUGUAAAAUGUGUUGUUUGCUUAGUCAAACGAUAGAGGUCGUUGCUGUUCUUUGGUAACUUUAUGCAACUUUUUGUUCUGUCUGUGAAUUGAUAGUCACACUGUACCAGUCCUUAAUUUCCUACCUCAUUACAGUUUAAAUCAAAUAUUUCUGUCUUUAGAUAUGUUAGGAAGACAUUUUCGAAAGCGGCAAUAUUUUUAAAAAUACGUCUCUUAAAAAUACUCCCAAAAUGAAAUGAUGUUGGAUAGUGGCUCAGUGAGUAGCCCUGUCUCCUCACACCUGGAGCGUUUGGGACUUCAUUCCUGUGUAUGGACCAGAAAGAUGGCUAGGUAUCUCUAAAUGUUCAAAAGUGUGUGAGUGAGGUAGUGUGUCCUGUGUUUCCUCUCAUAAGCUCGAGGCUCUGUACUGCAUGAGGAGUGUGGAAGAUGGAUGGAUAUUUGACAUGAAGUCUAUUGUUUUAUUUCAUUAGGAUUCUGACUAGGAGCUCCUGACCUGUGGAUUUCUGGUUGAAUCGGAAUAUGUGAAACACAGGGCAUUUAAAAAAAUUCUUUUUACCUUAGAAUGAACUACAGCCCUCACCCCUUUCUGACUUCCACAGUUUUCCUUCCCCUACAGUAUGGUUUGUCUAUAUAAUGAUCUCUACAUUACUUAAUGAUUUAGCUUCUUUAAAGAACAGGUCAGUCUCAGCCACUUCGUCUAGUCUGUGAUUCACCCCUGUACUCGUAAUGAAAACCACUGGCAAGUGUUUCAAACUGGCUUUACAAUUAACUCUGUACUGAGCACAUCCACAAGUAUAGUGAUGCCCUGAAUAUUGCUCGCACCAAUUACUUGUUCUCCAUAAUAAAUGGUUCUAAGUUUAGGUCAAGUAACUUAGCAGAAGUCCUUGGGCUUUAUAGGAAGCUCUUCACCUUACAAUUGUGGUCUGUCAUUUGAUUUGUAUUGAAACAGCACUGCAUGUAGGCACUGCAUUCCUACAUGUCCUUUAAUUCCUCUUCUUCCUGUUCUCCACUUUACUUAGACCUCUUGUUCUGUAGCAUUUUUCUCAUUUCUCUUCUGGCCCCUACUGAAUUACAGGCAACUGCAGUAUCUGCGCAUUCAUCACUGCUGCACCACAAAGCCUUAUUUAAACUUAUUCUUAGAGGUGUGAAAGUGCGCCCCAUUCCCACAGGUAAUAAGUAAUGAUACUAAGCUGGUAUUUAUAUUUUAUAUAAAUUAAUACAUUAAUAUCUAACAAACUCACAAAGUGCUAUCCGUUACUUUCUUUAUACGUCUAGUCAAAAAUGCUUUAUUACUGAGACCUAAUUGCAUUAAUUAUAAACAAAGCUGUAACCACAGCUGGAAAUAUGUAGUAAUGCUAAUGUGACUGAAACACCUAUUAUUGUUAAAGUGUCAUUGAAAUAGUCUCACAUGGUUCUCAAAAGUGAAGAUGGUACUGAGUAAAUGACAGUGUCGGGUAUGGUAACAGUAGAGGCACUGCAUUAAUCACUGUCAUUUAUUGUGAGUGUAGAGGCAGUGUGUUAAUGACUUUGUUACGGUAGUGUAAGAUUUAUUUUUUUUGUUUUACAGUUUCUCUUUUUGACAAUAUCCGCUAAAAGCAAGCUCAGUGACGACGGUAUAAAGGCACUUCUGCCACCCACAGGACUUGAAAAGCAAUGACUCUUCUCAGAAUUAUAGGACUGCAGGUUCCAGGGCAAUGACAAGGUUGGGAAGUGGGAGCAAUGGUGUCCUCUACAGACAGGCAUACUGCCGAACCUGAAAGGACUUCAGGAUACGUCUUGGAGGUGCGUGCUGGGGUUUGGAUACACACUGGUUUUAAAAGCACCAAUUAACUCCAGGGGAAACCAGUUUGAAAACAGGGUUCUCCCUGAAGCCACAUGGUAGCUGCUGCUUGCAAUGUUUCGCUUGGAGCCGAGGCAGAUGGACGUCAGGCUUCAUGUUCCACUCUCUGAAGGCAACCACACUAUGUUGUGUUCUCAGCCUUAUCAGCACCUGACUGCAAAAUGAGAGCCAGGAGGUCAUGUGUGAAGUCAGUAUGGUAAAGAGCUGGUAGAGGAGGCCAGCGUGUCCUUUACUCAGGGACCACAGCACCUGAGUGGAACCUCACAAGCCUGGGCCUGCUCCUUCUGGAUAGACAGGACUAACAUUUUGGUUUUAUGUGCACAAUGUUGCAAGACUUAAAGACUCAAAAGCCAUACUGUCCUGUAUGAUACUAGGGAGGGAGCAGCCCUGAGCAGUUGCAGUUUUUAAAAACCUUUUAAUGAAAACAUUUGAUCGUUCCAUUUUUGUGUACUGUGCAUUGCCUCCUCCCCCCAUUUACUACUUCUCCCACACCCCCAACCUCAACUACAAUUUUCUUGAAUUACUGGAUGGAUCAACUGGAAAUAUGAAAACCAAUAAAUGUGUUUUUACCUGAA